AUGACGCAAAUGACAUAUGACGAGCCGAUUUCCCAUCGGCUGGUGGAGGCGGCUCACGCCGACGACCUCCAGCUGGCGCUCGAGCUCAUUUCACAACCCGCGGCUGACGUGGAUUUCACGGGCACGGUGUGCCUGAAAUCGAGGAAAGCUGAGGUGGCGCUCAAUGGUGAGCUGGCGAGUGACGUGUGCGUCGAGUUCGAGGAGUUCAGGACAGAUGUCACCCCGCUGUUUGCCGCCGCGCAUAACGGAAACCUAACGCUCGUUAGGGAGCUGCUGAAAGCAGGGGCAAAUGCGAACCAAAAACUUUUCCGAGGCUACGCGACCACAGCCGCCGUACGGGAGGGACACGUUCACGUGCUCGAGUUGCUGCUAAAAAACGGGGCCUCUCAGGCGUCAUGCGAAGAGGCUCUGUUGGAGGCAUCCUAUUUGGGCCUGGCCGGCCCAGCCGAGCUGCUAAUGGGCUCUGACUUGAUCCGUCCUCAUGUCGCGGUGCAUGCUCUCGUCACUGCUUCCGGACGAGGUUUCGUCGAUUUUGUCGCCACACUCGUUGAGAAUGGAGUCGACCCGAAUUCGAAUGCUCGAAUUCUGCUCCAAUCCUCAAAACCGUCUCUGUACACUAACGUCGAUUGCAAUGCGCUCGUUGCAGCCAUCGUUAACCGACAGGUCCCGAUUGUCCAGCUACUUUUAAAGGCCGGUUGCCGAACAGACAUCAAGGUCAAACUCGGAGCUUGGUCGUGGGAUGUCACCACAGGCGAGGAGUUUCGAGUCGGUGCAGGCUUAGCCGAGCCCUACACCGUCGCUUGGUGUGCCGUCGAGUAUUUCGAAGCCAGUGGUGCAAUCCUCCGCGCGCUCCUCCACCGUAUCUCCCCCAACACUCCCCAUCUCGGACGAACACUAAUCCACCACGCCAUCCUCUGCCAGAAUCCGAGAGCACUUGACGUGCUCCUCACUUUCGGAGCUGACGUGGAGUCCCCAGUUGAGACAGCUGAGCUGUCGAACAUCUUGCCCAUCCACCUGGCAGCUCGACUCGGUUCAUCCGCGAUUCUCCGACGUUUGAUCGGCGUCGGUUGUAAUCUGGACUCGAAAACAGGAUUCGAGGAAACCGCACUCAUGAUCUGCACUCGACAGAAAAACGAGGAUUGUCUUAAAAUUCUAGCUUCCGCUGGGUCCGAUUUUGGCUUGUCAAAUACUCUGGGUGAUGACGUGUCGUCCAUUGCCGGCUCGGUUAAAUGGACGGCGGGUUUCAGACGGGCGGUGCUUGACGUGAUCCGAACCGGGAAAAUCGUGCGAUCGAGCAAUCUUCAAGUGUUUUCUUCGUUGAUGUUUGUUGUUCGAGCGAACGAUGUGGAGGCCUUGCAAAAACUCGUCAGGCAGCCCGAUUUGGACAUCGACGAGAAGGAUGGGAACGGGUAUACGGCUGUUAUGGUAGCUGCAAUGAACGGACACGCGGAGGCUUUCAAGGUGCUUGCCAAUGCAGGGGCGGAUUUGGAAGUCGUGAAUAAAAACGGCGAGACAGGUUUAAGUCUAGCCGAGAAAAGACUCGACGAUGAUGAAUUUGCGACAAUUUUGUCUGCUUACGCGUAUGCGAAGAUCGACAACAACGGAAAUGGGAACAAACCGAUGGCCUUACACCGCGCGGCCCGACUUGGGGACCUCCUUUUAGUAAGGGAGUUAAUAGGUAAAGGCCACGACGUCAACAUUUUCGACUGCGACGGCUACACGCCGCUCAUGCUCGCGGCGAAAUCCGACGACCGGGAAAUGUGCGAGCUUUUGAUCUCGUCUGGCGCGCGGCUCGAAGUCCGCAACUCGAGAAACGAGACGGCACUCUCGAUAGCCGCCGGAGGAAAGGGAAAGGCGGAGGGCGCGCUACUCGACGAGGCGGCUCGGGAGUUGGUUCUUUGUGGGGCCCGCGUGAGGAAGCACACGAGGGAAGGGAAAGGGCGGCCGCACGGGAAGGUGUUGAGGAUGGUGGGAGGCUCGGGGGUGCUGGCUUGGGGGAGGUCGGGGAGGAGGAAGGUGGUGUGCCGGUGGGCGGAGUUGCCUAUACUUCAAUUUGAGGAGAAAAUUGCUGAGACAGUGGAGAAAAACUCCAUCGUUGUGGUAAUUGGAGAAACUGGCUCUGGAAAAAGCACGCAGCUCUCCCAAAUACUUCACAGAAGAAGUUACACAAAAUCCGGUUGCAUUGCCGUUACUCAGCCGCGUCGGGUCGCCGCGGUUUCAGUAUCCCGGCGGGUUGCGCAAGAGCUUGAUGUGAAGCUUGGGGAAGAAGUGGGUUAUGCAAUACGCUUUGAAGACAGGACUUCAGAGAAGACGCUGAUUAAGUAUCUCACGGAUGGUGUGCUGCUUCGUGAGAGUCUUUCCAAUCCGGAGCUGAAUCAAUACUCGGUCAUUAUACUGGAUGAAGCACAUGAGAGGAGCUUAAACACGGAUAUACUGCUUGGAUUGAUGAAACGAUUGAUCAAGUUCCGAGCUUCCAAUUUGAAAAUUUUGAUAACGUCUGCUACUCUUGAUGGUGAAAAAGUAUCCAGAUUCUUCUCCAACUGCCCAAUCCUUAAUGUCCCAGGAAAGUUGUUCCCUGUUGAGAUACAGCACAGCUCAGAAAGGCCCAAAAGUUAUAUUGAAGCUUCUUUGAAAACAGCUAUUGACAUACACGUUGGGGAACCUGAAGGUGAUGUCCUAAUUUUCAUGACAGGACAGGAUGAUAUAGAAAAGUUGGUGUCGAAAUUGGAAGAGAGAAUCCAAACCCUGGAAGAAGGUUCUUGUAUGGAUGCCAUCAUUCUUCCACUCCAUGGAUCUUUGCCUCCUGAAUUGCAGGUCCGUGUGUUCAGCCCUCCACCUCCAAAUUGUCGUCGAUUUAUUGUUUCUACAAACAUAGCUGAGACAUCGUUGACUGUCGAUGGUGUUGUGUACGUAAUUGAUUCUGGAUUUGUGAAGCAACGACAAUACAACCCUUCAACUGGAAUGUAUUCUCUCGAUGUUGUCCAAAUUAGCAAAGUGCAGGCUAAUCAGCGUGCAGGAAGAGCUGGAAGAACACGUCCCGGAAAGUGCUACCGUCUGUACCCUUCUGUGGUUUACAAAGAUGAUUUUUUGGAUGCCACUGUACCUGAAAUACAGAGAUCUUCCUUAGCAGGAAGUGUCCUCUAUUUAAAAUCCUUAGAUCUACCCGACAUAGACAUUCUCAAAUUUGACUUCCUCGACCCUCCUUCCUCUGAGGCUUUGGAAGAUGCUUUAAAGCAGUUAUAUCUCAUUGAUGCCAUAAAGGAAGAUGGUUCUAUCACAAGACUUGGACGAACCAUGGCUGAGCUUCCACUAGAACCUUCACUGUCAAGGACCUUGUUAGAGGCAAACGAAUGUGGCUGUUUGUCUCAAGCUUUAACGGUUGCUGCCAUGUUAUCUGCUGAAACCAAUCUGCUUUUAGGUCAUAGUAAGAGCAGUCAUGAUAAGAAGCGGAAGCACACUCCUCCAUCUAACCUUCCCGAUGGUUCUGGAUUGGGUGACCACAUUCAGUUGCUACAGAUUUUUGAGCUUUGGCAUCAAACUGACUACAAUGUAGACUGGUGCAAAGAAAACAACUUGCAGGUAAGGGGGAUGAUGUUUGUCAAAGAUGUUAGGAAACAGUUAUGCCAAAUAAUGCAGAAAAUUGCCAAAGUAUCCAUGGACGUGAAAACAAGUAAAAGGCAGAAAGAAGGCCAAGAAUACAGAGCUUUGAGAAAAGCCCUGUGUUCGGGAUAUGCAAAUCAACUUGCAGAGAGAAUGAUUCGUCACAAUGGUUACCGGACCGUUGGUUUUAAGUCGCAGUUAGUUCAGGUGCAUCCAUCGUCCGUGCUAAAACCAGACGAAGAUGGCAUGCUCCCGAAUUACGUUGUAUAUCACGAACUCAUUGCCACUACUCGACCCUACAUGCGCAAUGUGUGUGCCGUUGAGAUGCGUUGGGUGCAGCCCGUUUUAGCCAAGCUCGACAAACUUAACAUUCCUAAGUUAAGUGGGACCACCAAUAAAUCGAUGAGCGAAAACAAUCAAACAGGAGAUUUGAAGAUACAGAAGGAUGAUGUUAAAGCUACUCAACCGUCUGUUGAUGACCGAGAGAGUAGAAUUCUUGCGGCCCGUGAACGGUUUCUUGCUCGCAAAAGCGGCAGAUAACGAAAUAUACGAACUGGGAAAAUUGAAAAUUAUUGUCUUGUGAGUACUGCUAAAGAACCAUGAGGCUGGGGAAUUGAAAAAUGAUUGUCUUUGUGCAAAACAAUGGAAAAUAGGCCGAGUGUAAAAAGAACUCUUUACUCUUAAAGACUAUUAAUUGACUCAAAUUUUGUUUUUUAGUUAUAUAGAUGUAGCAAGGAUGAGUUUGGUUUUCAGAUGCUAUUACUGUACUAUCAAGAGGAUUUUGGUUGCCAGGGCUGUAUAAUUUACAUGAUUAAGUACACUAAUCAUAUAAACUUUCCCAUGUGUUGCCAAGCACGCG